AUGUUGCAAGUUUCAAACUCAAUGGUAGCUAGGACAGGACGUGAAAAGCAAGUUUACAAGAAAGGUGGUAUACGCCAGGUAGCUGGUUGUGUUCCAAUUAAUAGGAAGACCGGUAAAAUCCUGCUGAUAACGCGAAGAAAGAAGGGAGAAGGUUGGGUGCUGCCUAAAGGUGGUUGGGAAAAUGAUGAAUCAAAGCAAGAGGCAGCAGCAAGGGAAACAUACGAAGAGGCUGGUGCAAGAGGUCGAAUAACGUCAUUGAUUGGCGUUUGGAAACAUCAUGUUAUUAAGAAAAAGACUGGAUUACCAAAGGCCGAAUUUAACUUUUUUGAAAUGGAAGUAGAUAAACUCGAAGAAAAUUGGCCGGAAAUGAACGAAAGAGAUCGGCAGUGGUUUUCUUAUGAAGAAGCAUUGAAAGAGCUGAUAAAACCUUUUAUGCGCGAAGUGGUUGAACACUGUUCAUUAGCUCCAUCUAAUAAUAACAAUAUUAAUCAAACUGGAAAGUCAGGUCUGUUCGUAACAUCUCAUGAUGAGGAUCGUAAGGACAUAUGGAUAUGGACAUUUUCGAUUUUAAUAAUUUUUUUAGCAUUUAUCGUUUGGUAUUUAUCAACUAGUUAUUAUAAUGACAAUAAUUUUAAUUCUGAAAAAUUUACUUCAUUAUUUUCUUUUGCUGUCGAUCACUGA